ACCGCUUAGUUCUUCGGCUUCAGCCUUAGACGUGGACUCGUCUGUGAACCCGUCUGUGGAGCCGUCUGUGGCCCCAACGCCAUCGAUGUUGGUUUUGGUUCGCAACGAACUCUACAGCUACCUUCGACGACUGCUGGGCUUUUUGGCGGCCAGGACCCUUGAGUUCAUUCGACCGGAUCGAUACAUUAUCUACAAGGAGGUGGCUCCGUCGAGAACGUGCGCCAUUCAACUUGAACGUGUGCCGCGAAAGACGUUGAUACUGGACCUGGACGAGACGCUGCUCCACUCGUGCUACAUUGAUCCGGAGACCAAGGAGAACGUGGGCGGCAGCCAAGUGCCGGCCUGCGCAGUUCCCGAUUACCAGCUCCAUCUGACGAUCGAUGGCAUAGAGCCGAUUCUGUUCAGUGUCUUCAAGCGGCCCCAUGUCGACGAGUUCCUCGAUCAUGUGGCCAAGUGGUAUGACCUGGCCAUCUAUACGGCCAGUGUGGAGUCGUACGCCGCACGGGUGGUAGACAUGCUGGACGCCGGACGGGGCAUACUGCAGCGGCGCUUCUACCGACAGCACUGCCGCUCCAACACCUCCAUUGUUAGCAAGGAUCUCACUCUUGUCAAUCGGGACCUGAGCAGAACGCUCAUCAUCGACAACACGCCCAAUGCGUACCGGGACUUUCCCCACAACGCCAUCCCGAUCAAGUCGUUCAUCUACGAUCCCAACGACACGGAGCUGCUGAAGCUGCUGCCAUUCCUGGACGCCUUGCGCUUUACCAAGGAUGUCCGAUCGAUUCUUCGUCGGCGUGUCGAAAAUCACUAAAUCACUAAUUGCAAAUUGCCAAAGAUAAUUGCACGGACUCUAUCGGUCAGUCCCAAAAAUAAAUGAAAGAGGACCUACGCGAACAUAGCUGUGUGUCCAGUAAAUAUUUCGGGCUUAUGGAAUCAAUUAAUAUUAUUUCAUAAUUCAUAAGUACUCGCAGCACACGGUCUGGAAAACUUUGAACGAAACCCCUGUAAAGGAAAACCGCACAAGAGCUCAAAAUCCAAACCAAAUUUGAAUCGUAAUUGUUUAUAUUCCAGUGCAAAUAUUUUUGUGAUUAAAUUUAAAUGUCUGAGUCUUUCCA